GUUUACGCCCAGAGUUUUCACUGCGCAUGCGUGGUUGUAUAACGUAGGAGAAACUGAAGGCCUUCCGGGACUGAUCCGUGUACACACAUACAGAGCAUCAUGGCGAAAAUCGCCAAAACCCACGAGGAUAUCGAGGCGCAGAUCCUGGAGAUCCAGGGCAUGAAGGCUGCUCUGCUAGAGGAGGGAGAUCAGGGUGUCGGCCUCGAUUCUACCGGAUUCUACGACCAAGAGAUCUACGGAGGAAGCGACAGUCGUUUUGCUGGAUAUGUCACAUCUAUUGCUGCCAAUGAGCAAGAGGAGGAUGAUGAGGAAGACUCCUCUACGACGCUGCUUGGCCAGAAGAAGCCAGGGUAUCAUGCUCCGGUGGCAAUUCUCAAUUCCAUUCCUCAGUCAGAUGAGCAGUAUGAUCCUUUUGCCGAGCAUCGGCCACAGAAGAUAUCGGAUCGUGAAGAUGAAUAUAAGAGGCGCAGGCAAAAGAUGAUCAUCUCUCCAGAGCGUCACGACCCCUUUGCAGACGGGGGUAAAACGCCAGAUCCCAAGAUGCCUGCCAGAUCUUACAUGGAUGUGAUGAAGGAGCAGCAUCUUUCUAAAGAAGAGAGAGAAAUCAGGCUGCAGAUGGCAGAAAAGGCAAAAUCAGGUGACCUGAAAGCAGUCAAUGGCUCUGCUGCAUCUCAAGCUGCUGCUCCCAAACGCAAGCGUCGAUGGGACCAGACUGCUGACCAGACCCCAAACUCUACUCCCAAAAAAGUGUCCAGCUGGGACCAGGCAGAUAGCUCAGCAGAUGUAUGUACACCAGGACACACACCUUCAAAUAGUCGCUGGGAUGAGACGCCUGGUCGUCCCAAGGGUAGUGAGACUCCUGGAGCCACCCCUAGUACACGCAUGUGGGACCCCACGCCCAGCCACACACCUGCUGGUGCUGCAACGCCUGGCCGAGACACCCCUGGUCAUGCCACCCCUGGUCAUGGUGGUGCCACAUCCAGUGUGCGCAAAAAUCGUUGGGAUGAGACACCAAAGACAGAAAGAGAGACACCGGGACAUGGCAGUGGCUGGGCUGAGACUCCUCGAACAGACAGAGGGGAUGAGUCUGUGGGAGAGACCCCAACUCCUGGAGCAAGCAAAAGGAAGUCCCGUUGGGAUGAGACUCCUGCAAGUCAGAUAGGCUCCUCCACACCUUUGCUCACUCCUGGAAAAACCCCUAUUGGAACACCAGCUAUGAAUAUGGCCACACCAACUCCAGGUCAUUUGAUGAGUAUGACUCCUGAGCAGCUUCAAGCAUGGCGUUGGGAGAGAGAGAUUGAUGAGCGGAAUCGUCCACUGACUGAUGAAGAGCUGGAUGCUAUGUUUCCAGAAGGUUACAAGGUGCUGCCCCCACCAGCAGGCUACGUGCCUAUCCGCACCCCUGCAAGGAAGUUAUCUGCCACUCCAACACCCAUUGGUGGCAUGACUGGCUUCCACAUGCAGGCUGAAGACCGAACCACCAAACAGAUGAAUGACCAACCAUCUGGCAACCUACCUUUCCUAAAACCAGAUGACAUCCAGUACUUUGACAAACUUCUGGUCGAGGUGGAUGAGUCCACUUUGAGUCCAGAAGAGCAGAAGGAGCGCAAGAUCAUGAAACUACUUUUGAAAAUAAAAAAUGGCACACCUCCCAUGAGAAAGGCCGCUCUCAGGCAAAUCACCGACAAGGCCAGGGAAUUUGGUGCUGGUCCGCUUUUCAAUCAGAUUCUGCCGCUGCUUAUGUCUCCUACCCUUGAAGAUCAGGAGCGCCAUCUGUUGGUGAAGGUCAUUGACCGCAUCUUGUACAAACUGGACGACUUGGUUCGACCUUAUGUCCACAAGAUCCUCGUGGUGAUUGAGCCCUUGCUGAUUGAUGAAGAUUACUAUGCUAGAGUAGAGGGCAGAGAGAUUAUCUCCAACCUGGCAAAGGCUGCUGGUCUGGCCACUAUGAUCUCCACAAUGAGGCCUGACAUUGACAACAUGGACGAGUAUGUGAGAAACACAACAGCUCGUGCCUUUGCUGUUGUGGCCUCUGCUUUGGGUAUUCCCUCCCUCCUGCCUUUCCUCAAAGCUGUGUGCAAGAGCAAGAAGUCAUGGCAGGCUCGACACACAGGCAUCAAAAUUGUGCAGCAAAUUGCCAUCCUCAUGGGUUGUGCAAUCUUGCCUCAUCUCCGCAGCUUGGUGGAGAUUAUCGAACAUGGUCUUGUGGAUGAGCAGCAGAAGGUGCGAACCAUCAGUGCUUUGGCUAUUGCUGCUCUUGCAGAGGCUGCCACACCCUAUGGUAUUGAGUCUUUUGACUCUGUGCUAAAGCCCCUUUGGAAAGGUAUCAGACAACACAGAGGAAAGGGUCUGGCUGCUUUCUUAAAAGCCAUUGGAUACUUGAUUCCUCUUAUGGAUGCUGAGUAUGCCAACUACUACACAAGGGAAGUGAUGCUUAUCCUCAUUCGAGAGUUCCAGUCUCCAGAUGAGGAGAUGAAGAAGAUUGUGCUGAAGGUGGUGAAGCAGUGUUGUGGGACAGAUGGUGUGGAGGCCAACUACAUCAAAACUGAGAUUCUGCCCCCUUUCUUUAAACACUUCUGGCAGCACCGUAUGGCCUUGGACAGGCGUAAUUACAGACAGUUGGUAGACACUACUGUGGAGCUGGCCAACAAAGUUGGUGCAGCAGAAAUCAUCUCAAGAAUCGUGGACGACCUGAAAGAUGAAGCUGAGCAGUACAGAAAGAUGGUGAUGGAGACAAUUGAGAAGAUCAUGGGUAACCUGGGUGCAGCAGACAUUGACCACAAACUGGAGGAGCAGCUUAUUGAUGGCAUCUUGUAUGCGUUCCAAGAACAGACCACUGAGGACUCUGUGAUGCUGAACGGUUUUGGAACAGUGGUGAAUGCUCUGGGCAAGCGUGUUAAGCCCUACCUGCCUCAGAUCUGCGGUACUGUCCUGUGGCGUCUAAACAACAAGUCUGCUAAAGUUCGUCAACAGGCUGCUGACCUAAUUUCUCGCACAGCUGUGGUUAUGAAGACCUGUCAAGAGGAGAAGCUGAUGGGACAUUUGGGUGUAGUGCUGUAUGAGUACUUGGGAGAGGAAUAUCCUGAAGUGCUUGGAAGCAUCCUCGGAGCCCUUAAAGCUAUUGUUAAUGUCAUUGGUAUGCACAAGAUGACCCCUCCAAUUAAAGAUUUACUUCCUCGGUUGACACCAAUCCUGAAAAACAGACAUGAAAAGGUGCAAGAAAACUGCAUUGAUCUCGUGGGACGCAUUGCUGACAGAGGUGCAGAGUAUGUGUCUGCCAGGGAGUGGAUGCGAAUCUGUUUCGAACUGCUGGAGCUGCUGAAAGCUCACAAGAAGGCAAUCCGACGAGCCACGGUCAACACUUUUGGCUACAUCGCUAAGGCAAUUGGACCUCAUGAUGUGCUUGCCACGCUGCUUAACAACUUGAAAGUGCAGGAGAGGCAAAACAGAGUUUGCACAACAGUAGCGAUAGCCAUCGUGGCAGAAACAUGCUCACCCUUUACCGUACUCCCAGCGCUGAUGAAUGAGUACCGUGUACCUGAACUUAAUGUUCAGAAUGGUGUUCUUAAAUCCCUCUCCUUCUUAUUUGAAUAUAUUGGUGAAAUGGGCAAGGAUUAUAUCUAUGCUGUCACUCCAUUGUUGGAGGAUGCUCUGAUGGACAGAGACCUUGUGCAUAGGCAGACAGCCAGCGCUGUAGUGCAGCACAUGUCGCUGGGUGUGUAUGGGUUUGGUUGUGAAGACUCGCUAAACCACUUGCUCAACUAUGUUUGGCCUAACGUUUUUGAAACAUCACCUCACGUUAUCCAAGCCGUAAUGGGAGCACUUGAGGGACUUCGUGUGGCUAUUGGACCGUGCCGGAUGUUACAGUAUUGCCUGCAGGGUUUGUUCCAUCCUGCACGGAAAGUUCGAGAUGUGUACUGGAAGAUUUAUAACUCCAUCUACAUUGGCUCGCAGGAUGCGCUGAUCGCACAUUAUCCCCUCAUCUACAAUGAUGAGAAGAACCCAUUUGUCCGCUAUGAGCUGGAUUACUUUCUGUAAAUAUGUUUAAACUUGUGCACUGUUCAUUUUUGUUUUUUAUUCUUCUAGACAUGGUUUAUAGUACAUGGUCCGUUUACUUUUAGUUGUAUUGGUUUGCAGCUUCAUCUAUCACAUAUGCUUGGGGUUAGCAAAUCCGUUUUAAAUUAAAGUACAGACCAUAAAAAAAAAAAACACAGAAAAUGAAACUACGUAUUUGGACGUAAUUUUUUUAACUAAAUCCAUAAUCAACUGCAGUUAAAUGUAGCGGCAGAUUUGCCAGAAAAUAUUAAGCCCUUAGUAGGAAAGUCUUGACAACCUUCUUAUAUGUAAUAAUUUCUGUGCAAUCAUCUGUUCUUACUGGUUAUUGCUUGUUAUGGCUGAAUAAACGUUUGUGUAUGAAAAGG